AUGAAGCCCCUCUCAUCGGCAGCACUCACCUGCGCCCUCGCCUCAUCGGCCUGGGCCGCAUCCUACACCGAAUCCCUCAUCAGCCUACACAAGACCCUCGUCGAAGCCGACUCGACAACCAAAUCCGAAGCCCUCGGAACACAAGCCCUCAAAGGCUACCUCGAGACAAACUUCACAGUCGAGCUCCAAACCGUCGAGGGAACCCGCCAAAACGUCUUUGCCUACCCCGGCACCGCCCGCGAAGCCCGCGUCCUCGUCACAUCGCACUUUGAUACCGUGCCGCCCUAUAUCCCUUACUCCCGCUCUGGCGAUGAGAUUCGCGGCCGAGGAACGUCUGAUGCCAAGGGCAGCGUCGCAGCACAAAUCAUCGCUGUGGAGGAGCUUCUCGAAAGCGGAGAGAUUGUCGAAGGCGAUGUCGCGCUGCUAUAUGUCGUCGGCGAGGAAUCUGGAGGCGACGGCAUGGGUGCCGCAAACACUCUGGGCUUGACGUGGGAAUCCGUCAUCUUUGGCGAGCCGACGGAAAACACCCUCGUCCGGGCGCACAAGGGCGUGCUGGGGUUCAAUAUUACAGCCGACGGGGUCGCGGGGCACUCUGGGUAUCCCGAGUACGGGCGGAGCGCGAUUGACCUGCUCGUGCGCGCUUUGGAUAAGAUUCAGGAUACAAAGCUGCCGUGGACGGAGGAGUUUGGGAAUACCACGUUGAAUGUGGGCUUGAUCGAGGGCGGGGUCGCGACGAAUGUGAUUCCCGAGAGCGCGUCGGGGAGAGCGUCGAUUCGGGCUGCGACUGAGGAUUUGCAGGGCAUUCAGGACGUUUUGCAAGAGGCUGUGUCGGAAGUGACGCCGGAGUAUGUCAAUUUGACAUUUACUGGGUAUGGUUUGCCAGUGAGUCUGGAUUACGAUGUUGAAGGCUUCAACACCACUGUGGUGAACUAUUACACCGAUGUGCCGCGCCUGAACGGAACCCACAAGCGUUACUUAUAUGGACCUGGGACUAUUCUGGUGGCUCACUCGGCCGACGAGCGCAUCACUGUUCAAGAUCUCGAGCUUGCUGUGGAAGACUACAAGAAGCUCAUCCUUGCUGCUCUGAAGUGA